AAAACGCAUGGCAGUCAUUCAAUCCCGUCGGGUGGAGAGAGAGAGAAGAAGCACAAUAACCGUGUGGCUUACAAUAAUAGUCUCUCCCCGCACACACACACACAAAUUAGAAGCCCGUCCGUGUCGCAAAGGCUAGACUUUCCAUUUGCAUUUCUAUCAAGCAAACGGUGCAACUCCGUGGGCUCCAUUCAACAAAGGUUGCCUCUGCAUACAAGGUGGAGUCUGAGCCCCGAUAACAAUCAAUAAGCGAAGGUAUAUAUAUCAGCUUCAUUCUCGUUUAAACAUUCCCAUCAUCCAUCCGCUUCAUUCUAUCUGAAUCGUCUUUCUUCAUUCUCACACAAAUCAUCAUCAAUAAUGGUUGGAAUCGUAAACUUGAUCAUUCCUGCUCUUUUGGCUGCUGCCACUGUUCAUGCUUCACCUACUCCGUUGGAAAAGCGAAUUGUAGGAUCACUCGAAUGCUCAGUCACAAAGACUGGAACACUAUCACUCGUAAACACAAAAACAAACGAAAGAAGAUAUGCAUCUUUCAAAACACAUUAUUAUCUCGCAAAUGAAACAAACGGUCACGUUCCAUCUGAAGAUCAAUCAUGGGCAAAAGAACCUUUAUUGACUUCAUACCCUGAUUUGAACAAAGAUUUGGCUAAAUUUGAUUUCCUUGCUUGCACUGAAACUCGACAACCUGGAUUUGAGAAUUUCCCUCCUUCAAAGGAUGGCGUCUUUUAUGGUCAUUUGAGUCCCGUACCUGCAAAAGCCACAAAAGGAAAUCCACCAAAAUGCGCAACUCAUCGUAGUUUGUACGCCGAUACAGAUUUCUUGAGUGCAAGUGAUUGCUAUUAUUCCGACGAUAGUGGAUCGCCAUUCUCAUACUUUACCUAUACCCCGGGUAAAUCAGGUGAAAUUAAUUUUAUCGGAUACACUGGACCUCAAGGCGGUGAACCUGAAACUGCUGAUCAAAAGCAAGCCGCUUAUGAUUUCACACCUGGUUCAUCCAAAUCCGAACCUGCUGUCUUUGUACAUGAUGGUAGCAAACAAUUUAGCGAUUGGGUCCUUCGCUUGGAGUAAGCAUGCUCCCAAAAUUUUGACGACAAUCAUGAAGAGGGCAACUCUUUGGAUGCUCUUACGAACUCUUGUAACGAUUUCAUAUUGAACGAACACUCAUGAACAAUUUUUUGUAUUCGCCUUCUAUUUCCUGUAUUUUGCAUAUUUUCCUGUUUAUAAUGCAUUUUUUGUUCUGAUACUU